AUCCACACUGGAGAGAAACCGCACACAUGUGAUCAGUGCGGGAACAGUUUUGCACGAAAAGCACACCUUACGGUACACAAGAGAAUCCACACGGGAGAGAAGCCACACGCGUGUGAUCAAUGUGGACAGAGUUUUGCACAAAAAGGAGCCCUUAAUGUUCACAUGAAGAUCCACACUGGAGCGAAGCCGUACCCAUGUGAUCAGUGCGGGAAGAGUUUUACAGAUGCGGGCACGCUUAAAAUACAUCUGCGUUCGCAUUCUGGAGAACGACCAUUUUACUGUGACCAGUGCUGGAAAACUUUUACAUCAGCUUCAGGCCUAAGGGUCCACCUGAACAUUCACACAAAAGAAAAGCCUCACAUGUGUUCUUUGUGUGGAAAGAGUUUUAGUGUGCGGAGUGGCUUAAAAGAACACCAGAAAAGACACCGUGGUGUGAAGGAUCACAUGUGCUUUGAUUGUGGGAAGACCUUUUUUACUGCCGGUGACCUGAGAAAGCACCAGACAGUUCACACUGGAGGCAAGCCUUACAAGUGUUCACACUGUGACCAGAGAUUUGAUUGGCCAGGAUAUCUGAAAAUACACGAGAAGCUCCACACGGGAGAAAAGCCGCACACGUGUGAUCAGUGCGGGAAGAGUUUUGCACAAAAAGGAAACCUUAAGAUUCACAUGAAAACACACACCGGAGAGAAGCCGUACUCCUGUGAUCAAUGUGGGACCAGUUUUACAUUCAACGUAAACCUUAAGGUGCACAUGAGGAUCCACACUGGAGAGAAACCGCACACGUGUGAUCAGUGCGGGAAGAGGUUUGCACAAAAAUCAAACCUGAAGACACAUAUGAUGAUCCACAGCGGAGAGAAGCCGCACACAUGUGAUCAAUGUGGGAAGAGUUUUGUAAAAAAACACCACCUUAAGGGACACAUGAAAAUCCACAAUAGAGACAAGCCACAUGCUUCACACUCUUAAGUUACAUCUGCAUUCUCACUGUGGACAACAUCCAUUUAACUGAUCAAUGCAGUGAAAGAACGAGCAUUAU